GUUACUGAGUAUUGCUGACGACUUUCUUCGAACACACCGUCUUUUGGCGAACAUGGCGGCAACUUGACAACGGCAACGAGAUGGAGACGGUGAGGGCUUGAUAAAGAAAAUAGGUCUGUUACAGGCUCUAGGCCCAUCCGCCGACACAAAGGCAGACAGCUUCGCCAUGUUGGAAGAGGAUAGCGCCCUUGUCCCUGCACGACCGACACCGGGGAAAACGUAAACGCGUCGGUGAGUGUUUCUAAAAACGGAGUCGAGGCUACGCAGAGGAGCGGAGCGGCGCGGCGCGGAGCACAGGGCGGACGGGAGGACAGCGGCUUCACCGGUCAGCCAUGGAGGAUGCGGCCCGUGGUCGACGGCGUCUGAUUUCCCAUCCAGCCCACGCUCAUUUUAAUGGGAAUUACCGCUGAUCGCAAAGGCAAGCCGGGACAACCGACCACCCGACACUUGAGGGGAGGAAAACGCGAAGCGGACCCCACGUCAAUGACUGUUGCGGCAGAGGAGCCCACACGGUGGAGUCGGCCGGUUCCCAAAAUAUGACCAGGGGUGCUGGGACGUGUUGGCAGCAAGAAGAUGACGACGGCUUCCAAAUCUGGCUAGAGCCCCCCCGCGACAACCAAAAGCCAUUCACCGACUCAGAGAGGGCGCAGAGAUGGCGACUGUCCUUGGCAUCCCUCUUGUUCUUAACCAUCCUCCUCUCUGAUCACCUGUGGUUCUGCGCCGAGGCCAAAGUGGCCAAGUUCGCAUCCUCCCACCACCCCCCCUCACCCCAGACCCACUCAGCACACAGCAGCCUCAGAGGAAACCCAGAUGCUAUUUUUAUAAAGAACUCUACCAAACAUUUGUGGCGGUUUGAAACUUGCCACCAGGAUAGUUUAUCUAAGGACUGCUUCACGUUUGCAGAUGCCGACCAAUUGUGCAGGGACCUUUCCGGCAAAGAGGGGACGCGGGCUGUAAAUAUGAGCGAUUUGUACCUUUCCUUUUGUAACUCCUACUCUCUGCUGGAUGUGUUUUACGGCACGGCAAGUCCGGGCAAUUUGAACUGCAGCCUCGACGUGCUCGGCGAUGGCGACACGGCCAGAUGCAGCGAGUGCGUUCAGGCGUACCAGCACUACGACCAGCACGCCCAGGAGAAAUACGAGGACUUUGAGCUCCUGACUCAGAAAUAUGAGCCAGGGGCAUAUUCAGUGAGGACCUGCAUGGAGCAGUGCAAGACGGCCUAUAAGCUCUGGCUGUGUGCUCUGUAUUUCCCCACCACCCAGCAGUCCUGUCCGAAGAAGGUACCGUGCCAUCAGUACUGCCUGGAGGUCCAGCAGAGCUGUCCAUUCAUCCUGCCCGACAACGACGACCUGAUCCAUGGCGGCAGCCCCAGCUUCAUCUGCACAGGGCUCUUGAGAAGUCAUCCAUCAGACAGUGAAGCGGAGUGCUGCGACGUCCGAUGGGACUCCAAAGUGGACAACCCUUCAGGUGGGACACUAAAAAGGACUGCUUCUUCCUGCCACCCUGAGGUGGCCUCUGUCACCUCCGCCGCCACCCCGAAACUGUGCAGCGGGCGACUGAAGAUCUGCCUGCUGGCCCUCGUCCUCCUACACACUGUCAUCAUUAUUUCAGCCUCCCAUAAUUCAACAUCAGUGGGCGUGGCUGCCAUUUUUUCACCAGAGGAGAGCGCUUCUAAUGAAGAGUAAACCUUGGAUGUUGAAUCAAGGCUGGAGUUUGUAAAGAGUGAUGUCGCUUGGGGAGGAUUAUGGCUUUUACAAUGUCAUAGCUGCCAGGAACACAACUGGCUAGUCAUGCCGGAAAGGCCUCUACAAUCUGCCACCGAUGAACCAUCAACCACAGGAAGUGGGAGGGUUUUAACUGGAGCUAAGGGUGCUGGGAUUGGACAUUGAACGAACCGAGAUGUUUGAGAACCACCCCCCUAAAGAACUGACCUCUUACCACUUGAAACCUGCUCAUUGUUUCUAUUCUGUCCAAAUGUUUUCUAGCAUAUUGUUCCUUCUCCCCCUUCCUCCCAACUUUCUUUCCUUCCCUCCACUGGUUCCCCCUGUUUUCUCUGUGUGUGUGUGUGCAUGUGUGUGUGUGUGAAUGGAUGGCAUAUCAGAUGAAAAACAGACUUUGAUGAAGUGUGCACUCUCGCUCAUCAUUACGUUUAGAUUUCUGUGGCAGUUUUGUCAGGUGACAGAAUGUUUUGAUACAUCCCCUGGGUUCUAUUCCUACGCUCCAUCACCUUCGAGGCAUCUUCUUCACUACCUUGUAUGUGAUGUUGCUGAGGGCCUGCUCUGCUCAUCCAUCAUUCAUGUGGGUCUCUGACAACAAAAUCCGUGUUCUAUGUUCUUCUUGUAUUUUGUCCCAGUAGGUCUGUUCUCAACCCCUGAUGAUGGUACAUGCCUACACGUUUUAGGACCUUAAGUGCUCUGAGACUGGCUCACUCUCUCUUCUGACUUGUUGACACACUGAGCAGGUUAUUAGUGAUGGCAAAGGUAGCAGGAGUAUUGGGUGUUGCUGAUACUGAGCUUAGUCACCAUGAAGUGCUCCUGGACAGGAAAUGGUGUGUUCAGUUUACCUCAGAUAGGAGUUGUAUGGCGUUGUCGUUGUUGCAGGAACAACCUAAAACACUAGAGGACAGCUGCAUGAAGCCAAACGCUGGGGGCCUCAUUUUUCAACCAUGUGUAGGCUUGUUACUAGGCACAGAAUCUGAAUUGGAAGACAAUUCCUGUACAAGAAUGUAAACAAAGGUUUUGUCGACUGAAAUUCUAGCCCACACCUCUUACUAUGGUAUCUCUCUCUCUCUGCUAGCUGCUCACUAGUCGAGUGUGGUAGUAUAUGAUAGGCCGGGUAACUAGUCACACCGAAUCACAUUUGAUUGGAUACAUUCAUGUAACCAUUCCCAUAUUUACAAGAAGAAAAAAAUUUGAUUUUGAUAUAAAAAAAAUACUUUAAAGCCCAUCUUUAGGCAGAUUUUUAGUGUGUAACAAUGCAUAAAUGACUACCUGACAUAGGGAGGACACACAAGUAGAGCUUGGAAAAAUGUAUUUUUUAUUUCACUGCGUCCUUAAAGCCCUGUUUCACCUGGCUUCUACAGUGCUGCACUAUUACUGUUGAACCACAAUUAAAUAGCAAAUUCUUAAUCUAUGACGUGGUACAGUGUCAGUAUGAAUUGAUUAUUUGACCUCCAUCAUGCUGUCCCAUUAUUUAUUUACCUCUUGACAAGUCACAAGUGUCAAGUACUACAAUUUGGUGUAGCUGGAGUACAUUUAGUACUAUGACAAUCUGCAGCUGUGAAAUGUUUAAGGCAAGGCAGUGCUUUAGUGUAGCAACAGGUGCAAUACACAAAUGUGUGGAGGGGAGGGAGGUACAGGCUGACCAUAUGUAAUAUUCUGUUGAUAAGCCUUUUGUGCACAAAAACAUGGAUGUAGAAGAGGUUAGAUUUUCUUCUUUGUAUAUGACAGCUACACUUGGUUUGACAAAUGAGGCCCCAGAUCUCUGAGUGCCUCUCUGCUGUGGGUCAGAUCCUGGCAAUAGAGUAGCAGAGAAAACACAGGAGGUGUUGAUGUCCUACUUUGUGGCAUCUUCACUACCGUCAGCUUGAUUUUUCAGCAUCAUAGAGUGGGCGCAACUGACCACAAACCACCCAUCAACCAACUCUUCAGUUAAGCUUAGAUGAGCUGAUCAACUGCUAUCUUUCACAGACUAGUAAAGGGCUGUGUUAGUGUCAGUGUGCAAGGAGCGAGGAGAGUUUUUAAAGGGCUGAUCCAUCCAAUUUUGUUCUGAUUUAAUGAAAUUUAUUUAUUUACUUUGUAUGCCUGCUGCUAGUGAAGUGCACAUUGACAUCAGGACAGGACAUGCAGGGAUUAAGAAGAGUUUAAACUCCUCUUAUUAGCUAGAGAUUGGACAGAAAAAGAGAUUUGUCCACUUCUAAAAUCUGAUACCGUGUGCAACUAGUGAUAUACCAAAAAGUAAAGCUAAGGACACUGACUCUUUCUAAGGAAGCAGAUUUUUGUCCCCUAUCCUGGUUGCCUCUAAUGAUCAGUUAAAACAGAUUAUUCUUGUUUUUGGCAUGAAAACAUGGUAUCGGUGCCUCCUCUCUUCCCCAUUAACAGCUUAGCUUGCCUCACACACCAUCAAUUUGCUCUUCACACACACAUAUCAGAGUGGGAUGUCACAUAGGAGUCAAGUCCACACUUGCCUCUGGUUUGAUAGACUUUAGCCCCCAGUUUACUCUCUGGUCGCCGUUUGCUUGAUAUUCUUGUGUGAUGUGUUGUUUCAUUUGUUUUCUUUGUUAAACUGUGUUGACCACAUUCCCUUGAAGACAGCAGCAGAUGUACCAGGCCCACACUUUGUGCUCUGUCCCUUCGAUCUCUAGCUGUUCAUGAUCUGAGUCCUGUGGAUCUAUGCAGAUGAACCCAAAUUAAACCCUCCCACUUUCCCCGAGCCACCACCACGACCACCACGACCACUCUCCCCUCUUGUCCUUUCUGUUGUAAAUAUGUCAUGAGGAUGUGGGAUCACAAAAUGGUUAACACCCCCCACCCCCCACUCACCCACUGUUGGAAUCUCACUGUGUUUUCUGUUUGCCUCCUUGGUUUUUGUCAGUUUUUUGAGAUUUUUGCCGCAUUAUUUCUGUUGUCUAAAGCAGCGGUGUGAGUUGAUGAGUAGGACUAAGUUGGAUGUUAAAAAGAUGAAAUAAAGAGGUCUUAAGAAAAAUAUACAAAACAUGAAGCUUGAAAAAAGGUUGAAAUACAGAGAAAAAAUGAUGAUAAAGUUGUCAUAUUGUCAUACUAGAGAUGCUUUAGUUUGCUAAUUUACUUUCUUUUUUUCUACAAAAGACUUGGAUGAAAUUAUUUAUAAAAUGCGUCCCACGAGUCAUGAUCUUUUUUGGACGUAAAACAAAUACAUUUAUUAACAUUUUGU